UCGGGCGGUAGGGCUGCCGUUUUUAUUUUUUAUGAGCUCUGCGGGAUAGUGCCAGGUACUGGACAUUAUUGUGAUGACGACACUCUGCGAGAAUCGAUCCACUUGAACGCGCAGCGUGGCUUUCUCAACACGUGCUGUGCACCGCGCACGUGCUGUAUUGAAGUUCCGAGCCCCGUCUGGAGUCGGGGCGGAGGAGGCGCAAUCAUCAACCCCGUGUGUGACUCAGCCUCCGAGCAACGCCUUCCUUUGUGCCGCCCCAAGUAUUCGCACUGAGCGGGUGCGCUGGCAAGAUACAGUUGUGCCGUCGUUCAAUCAUGACAGAAUCUGUGCACGCAACUAAAGCCCUUCGGUGGAUUCGCUCGCAUCGUUCCGUCGUCGCCGUGACGCCGAGUGUCCGUGGAGGCUUGUGUUUUCCUUUUCCGUAGAUCGUAGCAGUCGUGCGUUUUUUGUCGUAUUUCUUUCCGCUUAGGCGUCGGCGUGACGUCCCGCUGAUUUGCCGUUAUUUGUUGUGCCGUUGUACGCUCCCCUACUCAGAAACAUAUGUCGACUUCGCCCGCCCCACUGGGUGCGUGAUCCGUGCCACAUUUCAGGCGAGACCCUCAAGCCACGUCGAGGAAGGCCUUAAUUCUGCGUGCGCUCUUCGUGAGAAUUCACCCUCCCGGUUUCGCGAAUAGAGUUCCCCGUAAUAGGUGGAGUGUGCGCGAAACCAGGUGGAUCGUUGAAAAGAACGAUCAAGUGCGCGGGAAAGGACUUCUAAGAGAAAUCGAGCAAGACGACCGGUGAGUCUAUACCCUCCGAAUUUUUGGAAGCGCUGCUAAACACGAAAAACGGCCAAAGGCGGCAGCUGCUGCGCAUCUCCAACCGGCACGAGCGAGCCGCUGAAAAGAGGAAACCUGUAUUGGCUGGCCAGCGCGCGCACGGCACUAAUAGACAUGGCCUUGAAGCCGCUGGCCUUCUAAGGAGAAGCGACGGCGAUAGCGGAAACAAAGUUACCAGUUUGUGAACGAAUAAUAAAACGAAACGACAGCUGCCAUGUCGCUCAACCGCUACCCGACAGGGCCCGAUGGCGUGCGCCAGAAGCCUCGCCGCCACGAAAUACCGUGGCAGAUGGACUCCAGCCCACUUUACAUAAGGAGACAGGACCACUUGAACGACCGCAUGCGCGCCCUGUACGUGAGCGAACCCACGACACAGCCGCCGCCGCCCCCCGUGACGUUCACGAGCCCGACGACUCGGCAGCAAACGCCGCUGGCCGGUAGAAACCAUCAGUAUUACCACCAGCGACAGGACCCCCGUGGCUCGUCCGAUUACGACAACACGCCACCUGAACCACCGAAAAGGACGAGCUCUGCGUCCAUGAGCGCAUCCUACGACUCUGCAUCCACCUCCUCGUCAUCCCUGCAGUACAGGAACGGAGGAGGUGGUGGCUACGGUGCCGGCAGUUCUUCCAGGUCUAAUGAGGGCCUCUACGCAUCGCCGGGAGCACCAGCACUCGCCCCCUUGGCUGUGGAGGAGGACUGUGAGGCAAACUUCCUGAUGUCGCUCGAAAAUUUGGCAUGUACCCGUUGUGGGGACGGUUUUGAGCCACAUGAGAAGAUUGUGAACUCCCACGGUGAAGUCUGGCACCAGGCUUGCUUCGUCUGUUGCCAGUGCUUCCGGCCAUUUCCUGAAGGCAUCUUCUAUGAGUUCGAGGGCCGCAAGUACUGUGAGCAUGACUUCCACGUUCUCUUCGCACCCUGUUGUGGCAAGUGUGGCGAAUUCAUCAUUGGUCGCGUCAUCAAGGCCAUGAACAACAACUGGCAUCCACAGUGUUUCCAAUGCGAGAUCUGCACUAUGCCGCUUGCAGACCAAGGUUUCAUCAAAAAUGCUGGGAGGGCUCUGUGUCACGAGUGCAAUGCAAAGGAGAAGGCUGCAGCCUGCGGAAAGUACAUCUGCUACAAGUGCCAUGGCAUCAUUGAUGACAUGCCACUCAAGUUCCGCAGUGAGCCCUAUCACCCGUACCAUUUCAACUGCACCACUUGUGGUGUUGAACUGACUGCCGAGGCACGUGAGGUCAGGGACCUGUAUUGCCUCCGCUGCCACGACAAGAUGGGCAUCCCCAUUUGUGGCGCUUGCCGACGGCCGAUUGAGGAACGAGUGGUCACUGCUCUUGGCAAGAACUGGCAUGUCGAGCACUUCGUCUGUGCCAAAUGUGAGAAGCCAUUUCUUGGCCACCGGCACUACGAGAAGAAGGGCUUAGCCUACUGCGAGACGCACUACCACCAGCUGUUUGGCAACCUGUGCUACAUCUGCAACAAUGUCAUUGGAGGGGAUGUGUUCACAGCGCUGAACAAGGCCUGGUGUGUCCACCAUUUUGCCUGCUCGGUGUGUGACCAGAAAAUGAGCCAGAAGACAAAGUUUUUUGAGGUGGACCUGAAGCCUGUUUGCAAGCGGUGCUUCGAAAAGUUUCCAAGCGAUCUGAAAAAACGACUGAAGAAAUCUUACGAAGUCAAUUCAAAGAAUAACACCUGGCAACCCUGUGCAUAAGGAGAGCAAGGCAGCUUAUCUUUGCUCUGUGCAACCUUUUAAUCAACUAGUGUGCCAAGCUUACAAGAGUAAUAUAUUUACUAUAUUACGCACAGUUCUGUAGUUGUCACAUAGCCAGGGUCUUAAAUUGUGCAUUGAUUCUACAGAUACUUGUUGAUGUUGUUUACAUGUUAACAAUGCUGCUGUUGCUGUUGACGUCAGUAUAUUUGGAAUUGACCUUUGCGAGAGAGAGAGAGAGUGAAAAAUUUAUCAGUGGUGUUGCCAGUGGUGAACAUUUUAGCAUUACAAAAUGGGCAUGUUCACUGCUGGUAACAGAGCCAUGAGUUCUGUAAUUAUGAAAACUUAUUUGUGCCUUCUCAAAGUUAUCGCUUUCACAGUGAUUACUUGAAGAAAUGAAUUAGCAAAUGAUUUCGUUGUUAAAACUUUAGGCCUUCUCCUAAUUUUCUCUUUAAAUGCUUACUGGCAUCGGGAUGUCCUUUGAAUUAGAAGCAUCAGUGCAUUUCGAGACAUCUAUUGAAAGGAAGGUCUGUUAGGAGAUUUAUGACUCGAGCGUUUCUCCCAUGCUUAAAAUGUUGUAUAUUAGUGAUGGCACACAAUCUUCUUAAUUUCAUACACAGUAACAUGAUUACAUUGUUCUUCAUGUGCUUCUUGAAUGUGAGAUAUGAGGUGUAGAAAUUAUCUGCUGCAAAGAACAUCACUGUUCUCAUAAAUCCAGUCAGACGCUGAGUUAUAUAUUACCUCAUCAUACCAUUUUCAAUUGUUAAGAAUUUCAUUUUGGAAUCUCAUUUUUCUUUCCACAAAUUGUAUGAACCAUUCUGCAUUCAAAGGUUUUUUACAGUAAGGGCUUGCUGCCAGGAUGCUUUGGUUCCACGAACUUUUUCAGGCAUAAAAGAAAAGUGUUGGAAAUGUUAGCUCUUAGAAUUCACAAAGCCUCUUGGCUUGAAUUUCAGCUACAUAAUUCAUUAUGAAUGAUUAUUUUUGUUUUAUUAGAGCUCAUUUAUACAAGGCUAAUAAGGUAUACAUGGCUGUUCUUAUUCUUCGUCCCAAUUUAAGAUUCUGCAGUAUUUUGCAGAAUGUCUGAGGCAAGGUUAAGCCAUUAUCUAGUCUUCUCACGCAGAGCACAACUCAGUCUAUCCAUUCAGACGCACACCGAGGUCUUAUGUUUCUCAAAUUCGCACAACGAAGUUGCUUGGCACAUGUCAAUGGGCCAGCGUGACUUCAUUUUACGUGGCCGGUGGUUUUUUUUUUCUUUUUUUUUCCAAAGUGCAUUUUACAUGUCACGCACAAAUCUGACUAGCAGUGACUCAUCGGUCAAUCUCAGCAGUUCAUGUAUUUAUCUUCUUUUAGAUCAUUUCUUUUUACUGUAUAAUUGCUACCACCUACUUUCCUAUAACUGUGAGCAUUUUGCAUCUUUAUCCACUCAAGCGUACUUAUCCGAGAGAUUUUAACUGCUGCUGACAAUGAAUCAUCACACUUCCUUCCUGCCUCGUUUUACUUUCACAGCCACAUUUUUCACGGCAAGUGCUGUAGUGUUGAGAGGCUUCUUCACUGCAAUGCCAUCAUGAUCUGUUUCUUGUGUGCAACCACAACUUGCGCUGCUGACAUUGUUACGACCACUUGUAACUAGUUAUCAGCUGCUGUUGUCACGAUCUGACCAUGACAUUUUAGCCUCUUUACUGCGCCUUUUUGUUUGUCUUAUAAUUUAGAUGCAUGUCUUGCUUAGGUCAUCCAAAACACUCAUGCCUUUUUGCAUUCACUGUUCAAGCAUUUUGCAGGCGCGCAUAGAAAGGAUGUAUAGUACUUUAUUUGCUGACGCUAGAAACAAAUUUCCCCAACAGGUUGAUUAAAGUGUAUGUGUCUGAGGGAGGGGAGGAGCAUGCAUUCAUUGUGCACUGUAACAUAAUGUUCUAUCUGAAUAGUGCCAACUGAUUAUCUGUGUUUAGGGAAUAAAGCAAGAGAUGUUCUUAAAUAGUAGUUUAAGUUGUCCUACAGCAGGCUUAUUAGGCUGUAUUUAGGUUAGCAUCUUUAUUUUAUUCUGUAAGGAUGUGGUUUCCAAGCUGACCUAUUCUCUAACAAACCAAAAACGUAAAUUGUGCAAUGGGCAUGCCUUCACCCUCCUGUUGUUGAAAAGAAAAGAAACGUAGGCAGCAGUGACUUCACCAUGACACAUGUUAGGUCAUUUUACUAUAAUGCAAAGCUUUGCAAUGCGAGGGCAGGGUAUGGACAGCAGACAGGCUUAUGAAUUGUUUGGAUAGGUUCAAUGUCGAGUUCAACUUAAAGUUGCGAUUUCGUGACCCACUCUCAUUAGCUUUACAUUUGUUAAUCAGACAGACAACGAACUUUAUUUUUACAUUUUUUAACCUUUUUUCUUUAGCUGCCUCACAAAUUGCAGUUGACAUUGUUGUAACCCUUCCUGGUGGUCACAACUUGUAGUUUUGGUCAACACAGAUGUAAAACAUGGCUUUUGAUACAAGCUAGCUUUUAUAUUGAUUUAGUUAUGGUUGUAUGAGAUUACAUAUGAAUUUCCUUCUUUCAUGCACACAAAGUACACGCUCACAUUGUGUAUUCAUGAUAGCCAACUAAGUUUACAUGGUAAUCACUCCGGAAUAGCUACAGAGGUGUCAGAAGUGUUAAUCGAUAGUGUCAACAAGGGUACCUAUGAAUACAGUAAUGCACAUUGUUAUUACCUGUGCCUUAUUAGAUGACAGGUCUAUUUAUACUGCUGUUCUCGUUUUUACUGUGCAUGUUGUUGAAGCGUUUAAUUUGAUGCCAUGCAUUGUUGCACUAAAAUCAAAAUGCUGAUAUGUAUAUCCUGUCUAGGAGCCGAGACAGUUUCUAGCACUUAGUGCCUGGAAUAGGCUGGCUUUUGCGUGUGCCCUUUUGUUAACAUACUUCGUGUCUUAAUACAACACGUCUUUGUUCAAUAGACGCUCACCAGUGCUUUUGCACACAGCAUUAGACGCCUUAUAUAUUUUGAAUUUAGCUGUCUUAUGUGAGGCUUGGUAAGCACAGAUCCUACUCGAAAUAUUCCUCCUAGUUUGAAGCACUGAAAAUGAGGAUUAUGCAGCCAUGUAAGAACAAAUGUUUAGCACUGUUGUCAUUGAUUUUGCCACGCGUUUUUGUUGUAACGUGAAAGCUUGUAAUGCCAUAAUUAUUCAUUGUACCCAUCAAGAAUUAUCACCUAACUGCUUCAUUACUGCACAUCAUCAUGCAAUAGGUGCCUUUGUCACAUAUGUCCGUGUGUACUAACCUUUUGUCAUAGACAGUGCUGUUUUAGCAUACUGUUAGAGCAUGUUUAACGUCUGUUGUCAAUGCUUGUAUAGAUUUUGUAGCAAAUAUGUGCCACUUUUAUUUUGCGAGGACAAUAAAGCUACCCUGUUUUAAACCAA